AUGUUUGGAGUUUCAUCUCAAGAUGAGAAAAAUUUUAUUUUCAUAUAGCAAAUCAUUUUAAAGUGGUAAAAAAUAGAUUCAAUCUAUUUCCCUCAAUCACCUAGUAAUGCAAAGCAUACAUAAAAUGAAAUUGAUUCAAAUAAUUUAAUAAGCAAGUAACAAUCACCUUAAGAGUAUAAUUAUAUAUUUAUAUCGAAGAUGAAUCAAAAAAUUAAUCUAUUUUCUGAAGAAAUAGUCGAAGCAGUGCUUGAUAUGCUAAAUAAAUAUUUAUUAUAAAAUUAAAAUAAUUUAGGAUAAGGUAAUAAAAAGUAAACAGUAUAACCAAAAUCAUUAAACUUUAUUAGCAACAGAGAAACUAUUUAAUCAAUUGAUCAUAUUGAGAAUUAAAACCCAAAGAUUUAAGUAUUUGAUUCAAAUCAACAUUUACAAAUAGAAAUUUAAGUUUCGUCUAAAAAUAUUCCAUUAAAUGAAUCAAUAGAAUACCAAGAUGAUUCAAAAGAAGGGCAAAUUAUAACAAUCAGAAAUAUUUUAUAAAAUUAAAUUUUAAAACAUGAGCCAACUCACCCUAGUUUUUUAAAAUAGCCCAACAUUUAUGAACUAGAAGAAGCUAUGAUUCAAACAAAAUAAUUGAAAGGAAAAAAAUUUUACAGUGUUUAAGAAAUCUUAGGCAUAGAAAAUCAAGAUAAGUAAUAAGAAGAAAGAGAAGAAAAUAUAAAAAAUUCUCAAAAAGAAACUGCUCAAAAUAGCUAGCAAUAAUAAAUAUUAAGUUAAAGAGUUGAUCAGCUAUUAUAAAAGUGGAAAUUCUCUACAUAAAAAAAAUUUCUAAACUAUAAAACUUCAAGUGAUUAGCAGGAGCAAAUUAUGAAAAUAUUAAAUAAGAAAUAUUUGCAUGCCAAAGAGGAAGAAUAGCAACAAAAGAAAAAUUAAAAAUAAUAAACUACUACUGGAAUUAGCAUCACUGCAAAUACUCACGAUAACACAUUCUCAACAAAAACAUUCUAGAGUGUUGCUUAUCUAGAUUUUAAAUAAUAUUAAAAAAAUCCAACUGUUAAAAAAAAAGAUGAAAUUUAUUUUACAUAUACCUCAAGACCUUAUAGUGCCAAGUAAAGGAGAUUAGUAUCUUAGCACAGUAAUCCUUACUUGAACUAAUCUUCUGCCAAAACAUAAAUAAAGAGUUUUUAGGAACUUACAUAAUUAUAUAAUGAUAAUUUAAACUCAAAUUAAUAAAUGAUUAAUGAUUAUCAGUUAGUUAAACCUCAUUAAGCAAAUCAGAAUUUUAAAGAAACAGAUUCUUAAAAUGUAUCCAAAAAAUAAAAAAAGAAUUUGAACUACUUUCAAAAAGUUAUAUCGAAACAUUCUAGUAACCCUUUUAUUUAACCAUAAAAACCAUCUGGAAACUAACAACAAUAAUUAGAAGAAAAUCAACAAAGUUUAUCAAGAAUAAACUAAAAUGAUUUAAGUAAUAAAAAUACUGAAUGCUAAAGUUAAAAAAUUAGCUCAUUAUAAUUUCAAAAUUUUUUUUAAAAUUCUCAAAACAAUAUUAAACAGCCAAACUAAAAACAAUUUAACAGAAAAAUGAAAACUUCUCUUAGUAUAGAAGAAGAUAAAAAUUUCAAAGAUAACCUAAGUUAGAAUAAUAUUCCAGGUUCUAUUUCUGCAAUCCCAGAAGCUCAACUUGAUAGAGUAGCAGCUGGUACAUCCACUCUUGAUGAAUUCGGUAUGAAAACAAUUUUCUCUAUAAAAGACUUCGACUCUAAAGAAGAAGAAUGGAUUUUAAAUGGAUUAAAUACUGAUAGAGAUAAAACGAGUAACAAUAACAAUUAGUUAAAUACUUCAGGCAGAUAAAGUUCAGCGAAUAAAAAUAUAAACAUUCCUUUUUAAAUAGAUUCUAUGAGUAAUAUUUCUUAAUCCAACAAAGGUUACUCUACCCCCUUUUCCAAUAGAUUAAGUAGUGUAAAUAUAAACUCAAACAAUAUUAACUCUCCAUUAAAAUAUUAAGAAUAAAAUAAUUUUUAAGAAUGUUAAUUUUUUCAAUCAUAAAAUACAGUUUAAUAAAACUAGAUUUUAUAAAAAAAUAACAAAGAAAUAAAAUCAUAAAAUAAAUUUAUGAUGCAUAAGAGAAGUGUUCCAACACUAAAUAACGAAAAGACUGCUACUUAAAGCAGCUAUUAAAGAGAAACCAAUAUUGUAAGCUAUGAAAAAUCAAACUAAGUACCUACUACGUCUUAUUCAAAGUCAUAUGCUAAUCUGGUUGAAGAUUAUUACUUUACAUCUAAUAAAAAAAACUAACAUCAUAAAAAAGAAAGAAUUAAUUAUAUUUAAGAAACAACUUAAUCAGCUAAUGAGUUAUCCUAUUAUAGAAUAUCACCUUAAAGGAAAAUACUUUCUAAAAGCCCAGCUCUGAAUUAAAAAAAUAAAAAUUAAAAUUCAAUUUAUGAUAAAGCAUAAAAUCAAUCAAAUAAUUAAAUAAUUCAUUAGUUAAUACGGAGACCCGUUUCAGCUUAAAAGAAUAUCUCUCCAAAACCUAAAAUUUCUUUGCAUAAUAAAUUUUAAAAUGAUGAAUCUUUAAAUAAAUUAAUGAGUAUGAAUAAUUUAUUCGAAGGUUGUGAAGGACUUAAAAACUAAGCUAUUUCAUAAGGAUUAUUAUUACAAAAUCAGCUUAAUACAACAACCUAUCUUUCAAAGCUUUAGACACAAAAUUCAUUUGACUCAUUGAUACAAGAUAAACCAGCCAUAAAUGCGUUAUUAAAAUGUUAACAGCUACAAAAUCAGUAUGAAGAGUAUGAAAAGACCAUUUUAAAUGCUUAUUAGAAGAAAACUCUUUUUGAAAUUGACAAUCUACCUAAAGGUAAAGGCAAAGAGGAAAUAGCUAAGCAAUAUGAAACAAAUUUAUAAAAUAAUAUCAUAGAGUAACCAUAAGAAGAAAAUGCAGAUUCUAUUGGAAUCUCUGACAAAAAAUAGAAAGUAAUAUUAAAUUAUUAAAACGUAAAUUAAGAAGAAUAAAACGAACUACCACCACCUUUAUUAGGCAUAAGAAAGUGCGAAUCUGAAUUAAGCAAAGAGGAUAAGGUCGCUGGAUUCAUGUCAAAUAGAGAAGGAUAUGAUAUCAAUAAUUUAAAUUAAAAUGGAUCUAAUCAAGAAAAUGUAGCAUACUCAGAUAGUAAUAAUCAAAAUAAUAGUGAGUAAUCUAUUAAUUAAACUCCGAAUUUCUAAACGUAAGGUUAAGGAAACAGGAAAAUGUAUAUAAUAGAAUAGAUUGAAAAACGCAUGAGAAAUAAGUUAAAAACCCCUUCUUUAUUCUCUAAGUAGUCGCUAACAAAAAACAAUUCACCUAAAAAUAGUCAAAGCUAGGAAAAUAGCUAGCGUUAAAUUAAAUUCCAUGCUCAAUUAACCAUUAAGUAACCAAAACCUGUAGCGAUUAUACCUUCAUGGCCAAAUAUAAAUUUAUAAAAUGAAAAGCCAGCAGUUAUAAAUUAAGACGAUCUCAUCUCAAGCGAUGCCUCUCGACUUUCUAUUUCAUCUCCUAUAAGUCAUUCUCCUUAAAGUAAAAACAAGCUCACAUUUACUUAAAGACUUUUAUAAUUUGAUUAAGAACAGAAUCAGAACUCAAAAAAAAAUUUGUAAAACUCUCAAACCCUUAAUUAAUCUUCUUCAAAAAAGAGCAUAUUUGAAUAAAGAUCUAAAAUUGACUAGGAAUAAGUUUCGUAAACCAGUGAGAAACCAGAAUAAAUAAAUUCUAAUAGUUUCUAGAAACUAUCAUAACUUCGAACAAGUGGGGCAUUUAAACUAUCAGUUAAAAAUAUCUUUUAAGCAGAAGAAAAGAGAAAAUAAGACGACUAGCUAAGAAAACAAAGGUUUUAAUAGAGAUAAUCAUAUUUAUCUCAUGCUACUUAAAGUAAAACGGAAGAUAACAAUGUAAAAAGUAUUGAUGAAAGCUAAAACUAGUAACUAAGUGUUGAAAAAUAUGGUUCUCAAGAACUAUCAUCCGAAACAUUAAUUUUGAAAAAGUCUCCUUAUAUUAAUAGAAUAAAAAAUGAUCAAACAAUAAAGGAAACAUCUCUAGGGAUAGAUGAAACUAAGUUUAGUAAAAUAAAUUUAACAUAAAAUAAUGAAACAGAUACUCCUAAUUCUCAAGCAUCCUAUACUAACAGACCUUCUAGGUUCAAAUAAUAGAAAGAAGAAGCUUUAUGGAACUCAGAUAAAGAAAAGUAUUAGCUUAUGAUUACUUCCCACACAAACACUAAUGGAGAUAAUGAUUUGAGUGGAAGAAACAAUUCCUUAUCUAAGAAUUAAACUCCUAAAAAUCAAAUUCAAUUCUCAAACUCGAGGAAGAGUUCAAUUGGCUUUAUUAAUUUUACAGAUAGUUUAGAAAGAGGAAAUCUACUUAAUAAUAUUUCUAGUGGAAACAAUAAAAGUAAUUAUGAAAAAGCUUUUAAACUUUAGUCUUCUCAGUAACUUAUUAGCAACGAAUCAUAAUAAAUUAAACCAGAAGAUUAAACUCCAAAUCCUGAUUUACAAAAAAUAAAAGAAGCUUUUGCUUAAAUAUAAUUAAAAAGAAAUGUAAAUGAAAUUAAAAAAAAAUAUGGAAAAGUUAAAUUUGAAUCAUUGAUACGAAUUGUAUCAGCUUUGAAAAUCUUGUUAAAUAUAUAAGAGAGGAAAAGAUUGGAAGUUAAGUGUAAAGAUAUUAUAGAGUAAUGCACUUACUUAAUAAAAUCUAUUUGCUCUAAGUAAUACAAAGAUAAAAAAAAUUAUGAUAAUUGCGAAUAACCUUAUUCAAAUACUUAAUAAAAUGCAAGCAAAUUGAGUCUUCCUUUCAGAUUCAUGCUAUCUUGCUUAGGGAGUACUCCUUUAUGUAUAAAUGUUUUUCAUCACUACAAUAAGUUCUAUAAAUCAUAUGGCUUACUUCUUAAGUGGGAAUAUUCUGAAAGUUUUAUUCCUUUAGAGCUCUCGCUUGUUUAAAGCUUGCCCUUUAAACAUGCAUCAGUUUGGCCAUAAUAUUUUAUCAUUUUUGCAUCUUUUCUAGUCGAACAAAAAAUUAUUAAAAAUAUUGAUUCUUACCCUUUUGACAUUUACAUGGAGAAUUAAAAAUUUAGCAUUAACUUCUUCAACUUAAAUAACUUAAAAGAAAAUAAAUAAUAAACACUACUUUCUUAAAAAAUUACUUUUGAAGAUGUAGUUUUGGUAGGAUAUUUGCAAGAGAUGAUUUAAAUCUACAUGAAAAAUAGAUUUUAUUUUUCAUACGAACUUACUGGUUUUCGUAUUUAUGAAAAUAUUUCACCUAUAAUCACUAUGCAAAUAGAGUAGGCUAAAUCAUAAAUAAGGCAUGUUGAGAGACUAAUAUCUCAAUAAAUUGACUUUAAUGUAGACAUAAGUUAUGAACCAGAUUACAUUUAUUAAGGAAUUAAAAGACUAUAUUAAAAUUUCGAUAAAAGCAUGAUAACCUAUUCCCCAUCAUUUAAGAAAAAUUCUAAACUUUAGUUAGCCAACUUAAAUAGAGAUAACUCAAGCAAAUAUAGCAUUUCUUUAAAAAAUUUAGCACUUUAAAAUAUUAUUCAACCUUUGGCAAUUAAAUUACAUCAAAUUUUUAAUGAGAAAUCCCAACAAAUAGAUAAUUUAUUAGCAACAUAUAAAUAACCUAGGCAUAUUAUUGGCUUUCUUUAGAAAGUAGGAAAUCAUUUUAUAAUGGUUGAUUUAAAAAUGUGCUUACAAGAACAAUUAAACUAUAAUAGUCUGAAGUUAGAAAAAUUUGAUACUUCUUAAAUUUCCUUUUUAAUUAAAGCUAAAAAUUUAUCUCUCCCUCUGAUUCAUGUUGAUGCGAGAGAAAUAGGAGCAGAUGAGAUUGUGUAGUUCUUUGGAUCCUUAAAUUUCUCAAAAGCAAUAAAAAUGUUUGUGUUAAGACAGAGAUUUCCUAAAAUAUGGAGAAGAAAGCUUCUAGAAAUAUUUAAGAAAUUUGUUUCUUUUUCUUCUGCCUAAAAUAUAGCUUUCGAUAAACUUCAAGGAAGCCAAAAAAACUUCAAAAAAAACAUGACUCAAAAUAUUAUUUUUAUGCCUUAUCUCCCAAAGGAAGAUAGAUAUAACUUUAAGAUAGCAAGAAAUAUUCCGAUUCUAAACCAUUUAGAAUAAAACGAGCAGCAAAAUAAUUAUGAACAUCUUUUUAGAAAACAAUUUUCUUAAAUUUAUGAAACCAACUUUGUGUUAAAAAGAGAUUAAUAUGAGGACUUGAAUAUUUUUUAAAAUAAUUUAGUCUAAACUUAAAAAAUUUCUAAGAUCGAUUAUAAAGAUUAAAUGGCAAUUCCAAUCGAAUUAACCUCUUAAGAAAAUACUUAUUUCGAAUAAUCAGACUUUUCUAGUUCUAUUGCAUGCGAGAUCAUUAAAAAGUUCACAAAAAUUAAUUAGAUAUUUUUUCUUAAAAACUAAUAAAAUUAGAGCAAUUUUCUGUUCUAUCUUAAAUUGAUUUGGCUACCUAAUAAAGAUUUUUACUGCUUCAAAAUUACUAUUAGAGAUAUAUUUAGACAUUCAACAAAAAAAAUUGAAAUUUUUGAUUUAAAAAGAACCUUACUUUUGGCAAAUAUCUUAUUGUUAUAUUUAGAGAAUAAUAUUCAAUAAAAAGAAAUUAAAAAUGAUGAUGAAAGUAAUUGUGAAUUAUAAAUUAUACACAGAUAUGUCAACUAUCCACAAUAAAUCUGCAAGUUUAGAGAUACAAUAAUAAGAAGGAUCAUAUAAGAAAAUGUGAAAACUCUAGGCAAAUCACUAGAAGUACGUCAGACAAUAUUUAAAAAUGAAUAAAUUGGAUUGCGUAUUAAAGAUGAUGAAUCUAUAUUGAGGCAUUUGAUUGUAAGGUCUCCUCAGCUCUUAAACUUUUUUAAUGUUAUUUAGAGAUCUUAUAUUUUAAAAAACAAAGAUUUAGGGGGCAGAUGCUCAGUUUCAGCAUUUUUUUAUAUCAGAAAAAGUCCAGAUUAUAAUCCUAAUUAAUGCAUGCUUGUUUAUUUAAAUAUUCUACCUUACAAUCUUCGUAUAAAAUAGUUUAAUGUAUUCUUAGGAUACUAAGAUUUACAAGCUGUUGAUAGGUAAUAAUGUCUUUAAAUAUUUGAAAAAAAUUAAUAUAUCACUGAAAAUUAUAUGCAAACAUUCGCUCAAAAAAUAGUUUCCUAAGUGUAUGUAUUUCGAACAUUUUUGGGAAUGUAGCUAUUUUUUAGAUAGAUUAGAGCGCCAAAGCCAGUUCGUCGUAAAACUCUUUUGUUAAAUAGCCCUUACAAAAAGUUAGCAAAUAGAUCGAAAUAUUUGCUUUAAAAUACAUAGUCAAUAGAAAAUCAAGCAUAUGAUAGUCAAAGAAGCGGUGACUCCCUAAAUAGCAGGGCUGCUUCAAGACAUGAAAGUGAUGACCCAUAAAACUUGCUAUAAAAAGCGAGUCUUCAUCAUAAUCUAGGAUCAUAAUUAAGUACCAUACAUUCACCACAUGCUGGAAAUCUAGGAAAUUACAAUCAUUCUUAAUUUUAGAAUUAUCAGACACACAUUAAUCAAUCUCAAACUCAUAAUAGAAUGAAAGACAAACACAUGAAAGGUAUCAAAAAUUUUGAGCAGUCAUCACCUGAAAAAGAUCUUUACCAAAGGAAAAAAGCAGCAGAAACGCUAACAAAAAUAAAAUAUGUUCGAAACAAAUAUACUAAAUACAAUUUCGAUCAAGGUAUUGACAAAGAAAUUUCAAAGCCAUUUUUGGAAGAAAUCAUACACCAAAAAAGAAUUAUCUACUAAAGUGCUAAAAAAUUUAAUAAUUAGUAUUCGAUUGUUACAGUAAUGAGAGACCUCGUUUUUGACUCUUUUUGCAUUUAAAUUUACAUUCCUAAAAUGUCUAGAACAAUUUAAGCUAAAGUUACUCUAACAAAACUGGUAGAUUGCUCAUGGAAUUUCUUUUCUCAAGUUUUCAAAGACAAAUUCUUUUUUUUCUUCGAUAAUAGUUGCUACUUGCAUGUCUUUGAAAAUUAUUAAAGAUUUGCUCUUCGCUGUUUAUAUAUGGAAAAAAAUUCAAUAUAAAAUAAUAACUCAACAGAAAAUCUUAGCUCAAGAGCAAUUAAAAGCGUUUAUUCUAUUUCUGAACCUUAAAAUAAUAAAUUCUUUAAAUUUAAGUUAACAGAUGAAAAUAACAAGGUUAAAGUUUAUAAAGUAUACUCAACAACUAACAUGAAAGAAACUAAUGAAUUAGAUGAUGAUGAGUACAAAACCUAUGUAAGUCCAAACUAAAAUUAGGUUAAACUUUAGAGCAAUGAACCUGUAUUCAAUAAUUUCAUGAAAGAUAUUUUGCCAUAGUCUUAGCUUUAUCAGCCUAAAGUUUCUUUCAUGCUUGGAAUUAAUUUACUCUAAAAAAAAGAAAGGAUCCUGAAAUUUUUAGGAAAGGCUAUGAAAAAUAAAGAGAGUAAAAAUGAAGAGGCAGACUAAGAUAGUAAUAAAAAAAAUAAUAAUGCAAACAACAUAAAUCUUAAUUUAUAGUAAACAUCUGAAAAAUCUAAUAUCCUAGAUCUUAAAAAGAAGAUGAAAAAAGUAACAAUGAAAGAAAAUUCAGAUAAAUAUGAAUAAGAUGAAAAAUACAAUUAAGUUAAAUCUACUAAUUAAGAUAAAAGUUAAGAAUUAGAUAGAUAAGAAAGUACAGAAUUUUAUCAGAAAAAUGGUAUUUCUAUGAGCGAUUAUUUAGGAAUACCCUUUCUGCAAGAUUUAGAAAGCUCUGAUUUUGAAACAUUAAGUAAAAUAGCUACUAGUCCGAGACAGCUAUCUAUUUAGUUAAAAAAGAAUUAAGAUUUUAUAAAAGCUUAGAUGGACUAAAGAAAAUCUUUGACUUUUUCUGGUUACAACAAUAAUUUUGAAAAUGAGAGCUUUAGUUCAAAGUCUUAAUUCGAAAAUGAAAAUCUUAAAAAACCUGCUUUAAGUAAAUAUUCGAAGCUCCAAAAAAGAAAUACAAGGGGUUUACUAAAAUAACUAAUAAUAAAACACAGACUCAAACUUAUCUAUUAUAAAAACAUUAAAAGAAUUUUCGAAUUUUUCCGUAAAGAAAAUAGUCGCAAAAUUGAUAGAAUAUAUUAAUUUGCUGCAUUGACAGAGCAUAUUGACACAUAUUAUAUCAAUUAAAUAGAAAGUGAUCGCUUAAAAAAGCUAUACAAUUAUAUUGAAAUCUAUAUAUGGGAGAAACUAAUUUAGCAAUUUACUACUAUUUAAUCUUUCCCUGAUAAAGAUAAUAUGAAGCAAGAUGAAGUGGAGCCGUAUAUAGAAAAAGGAGAAGAAGCUCAAAAUAAUAAUAAAAAUGAAAAUUAAAAUGUAAAUGAUAGCAAAAACAAGAUUUUAAAAGAAGAUAAAAUUGAUAUGCAAGAGGACAACGAAAAAAUCAAAGCUGACCAUUAAACAUAUAGUGUAUAUUUGUGCAUAGAUAAUACGACGAAAUUGUAUCUUCGUGAACUACUCCACUCAGAUUAUAUGAAAAUAGAUGGUGGAGAAGAAUAUUAGACUACUUUAUUUGUUGAUUUUAUUAAGAAAACACAAGAAGAUAAUAUUUCUAUUGAUAGUCCCAAACACAUGUUGGAUGUAAACUUUUUCGAUUAAACUACAAAAAAACAACGAGCAGAGGAUUAUUAUUUUGAUACUCUUCCAACUAUAGGCUAUACUGAAUCUUCCAAUCAUAUAGUGUAUAUUAAGCACUAAAACUUAAAUGAACAAACAGUUUAAAAAAUGAGAAUAAAUUUGCGUGAAAUUAUCAAUCUUUUUAUUGCAGAAGGUUAUUUUAAGAGUUAAACAAAUUACUCCAACUCUAAGCUUUCUUAUGCUGAAAUGAAGCAACUUUGCCAUUUUAUCAUAUAUAAGAUUAAAACAAACGAAUUCUUUGAUAUAGUCGAAAUCAAGUCAACCAUAAGAAACUUUUAUUAUCAUAAUCUAAUUUUAGAUCCUGUUCAAAAAAUUUACCUAAAGUCUGUAUUAGAUGUAAACAGAAAAAGUAUCAAGUUUUUGGUUUCUAAAAUAGGCACAUUUGAAUAAGUUUCAAGAGUAGUUCCAACCCAAUUUUUCGAAGCUUAUGUGCCUUUUUUCUAAGCUCUCAUAAAAUAAAAAUAAUAUAAUUUAGCUUUACAAAGAGUUGCAUCUUUCUAUGGAUCAAAGAUGCUCAUAUUCUUCUAUUACAAAUGA